AUGACGUCAGCUGAGUUCCGACUGACCAUACUUCACACAAAUGAUGUCCAUUCAAGAAUAGAGCAAACAGACAAGUGAGUGUAUAAACUAUAUCAAAUAGAAAUUACUUUGCUGUAAAUUGCUACAUAAUUGUAUUUAAUGUGUCGAUAUUGUUUGCUUUUUUUAAAUUGUUUUUUUUAAUUUUCAAAACCAAAUUCUUAACAGUAAUCUCCAGGUUGAAACAAAACAUUUGACGUUUAUUUUUAGACACAGUGUACCAUGUUCCGAGGAUCUCUCUGCAGCCGGCAACUGCUUUGGUGGCGCAGCUCGAAUGCGUACGAUGGUAAGUUCACCAAAAACAAAAGAGAGCCUAUCUUACUUGAGAAUUCAUAUACAAAAUUCAUCGACUUUGCAAACAAGCAGCAAGUGUCCAUUUUUCCCCUUACUUUUGAAUUAGACCCAAAAAAAUAUUCACAAACUUCAUUUGAAAUGUUAAUGUUGUAUUUCUAAAUGAUGACUUAUUAAAUUAAAUAAAAAUAUAUCAGUAUGCUAAGACACUUAUUAAAAAUACACUUGAUAUUAUCGUGAAGUAAUUUAUGUCAUAUUACAUAUUAAGACACCUUAAUAAAGUAUGCUUGUGUAUUUAUAAUUUGUACACGGCUUCUGUGGGUGCUGACAAAACAAGACGUGGUCAAUAUACAAUGCAUCUUUAAUGGCAGACAUGUCAUUUCAGUUUUAUUUUAGAUUAACACAGCUCAAUAUAAACAAUCAUUCUUCUUACGAACAAUAACCGCAUGGAACCUAAUGAACAGUGCCGCCGUGGACUCGACAUCAAUCGAGAGUUUCAAGGCUGCCCCGGCACCCGCUAGGAGGCGUUAGGAUGGCCGCAUCACUUCCCCAACCGUUGCACAUAGGACAGUACUUGGUUGCAGCAAUGUAGUCUAUCAGAAUCAGAACUACACAUAUUUCUAAAUAGUUUUGGGUAUUUUCCACACAUUUUGAUAGAUUUUCACUCUUAUAAGCGUUGAAAAGAUUUUUAAAAAAGACUAAAAAUAGGUUCAUGCCGUAUUCAUUAAAUUGGCCUCACGGUUCCCGAAAAAAAAAGUCUUAUGAACGCCUAAACUACAUACAGAGGGUUUGGGGAAACCAUUCCAUUUCCUUUCGAUUUAGGCUUAAGAACUUUAUAAGAUCAAUGUCCUUUAUAAAAAAAGAAUAUAGAUGUAUGCCACCAGAGAUCCACUUCCCUCGUGAGAAUGUAGAGUUUUUGUUGAAAAUGGUGUCUAAUCUUUUCAGGUAAAGACGUUAAGGGCCAGAUAUGGCGACCAGACACUACUACUGGACGCUGGCGGUCAGUUCCAAGGGACACUGUGGUUCUAUACGUUUGGUGGCCUGGUGACCGCCGAGUUUAUGAAUCACAUCGGAUAUGAUGCUAUGGUAAGAAUUAUGAUGGCUACGACGCCAUUGUAAGACAUUCGACAACUACGACGCCAUGGCAAGACGGUUGACGGCUACGACGCCAUGGCAAGACGGUUGACAACUACGACGCCAUGGCAAGACGGUUGACGGCUACGACGCCAUAGCAAGACGGUUGACGGCUACGACGCCAUGGCAAGACGGUUGACGGCUACGACGCCAUGGUUAGACGGUUGACGGCUACGACGCCAUGGCAAGUCGGUUGACGGCUACGACGCCAUGGUAAGACGGUUGACAGCUACGACGCCAUGGCAAGACGGUUGACGGCUGCGUCGCCAUGGUAAGAUAUUUGAAAACAUGCGGCCUGGAUUCCUCUUUCGAAUGGGGACAACUCUGUUUGUUAGGUUGAGCGUCCAAUCCCUGGUGGAUUCUUUGACGGGACUCGUAACAAUAAGCCAUUUUGUAAAUAUUACAUAAGUAGCCUAUGUCAUUAUCUAUUUUAGUACGGCAUUAUCUAUUUUAGAAAGGCACUAGACAUUUUGUUAUGUCAUCACGACAUUGUACAAUUGCCAUCCUCUAUUUUAUUAUAUGGGCGCCUGUUUUAGAAUACAUUCGUUUUAUAAAAAGGGGAAAAUUAAAAAGGCAUUGUUCAGGCCUUAGAUCUAAAAACAUUCGGUUCUAUUGCUUAGACCAGAGAUCCCCAAAGGACUCGUAGACCACUUGCCAUGUUUUAUCGGUUUUGGGUAGACCCCCCUGCUUAUCUGAUAGUGAUUUUUUUUCCGCUGACAUGGACCCCUAGGGGUCAAUAUAGAUCACUUUGGGAACCUCUGGCUUAGACCAAAAUCUUCCCGUGUGAGUAGCGUGUAUACGAUCUUGACAUUAAAAAAAAUAAUAUUAGUGUACAUGGUUUCCCCGUAGUGAGGGAUUUGUCUUUUAGAUAAAUGUGACAUAUUAUACCUUUAACCUGACUUUUUCUCCAGGCGAUCGGACAUCACGAGUUUUUUAAGGGGAUCGCUGGACUGGAACAUUUCGCUAGGAAUGUGACGUUUCCCUUGCUGUCCAGCAACAUGAACUUGACUAACACACCUGAGCUGAGAGACGUCAUCAAGAAAUCGACCAUACGAAUUGUUAAUGGCCAGAGGAUUGCUUUGGUGGGGUAUACUACGACCGCAAUUUCAUAUAUAUCUGGUGUGGGUAAGUGAAAUGUCAAAUAUAUCUGGUGUGGGUAAGUGAAAUAUCAUAUAUAUCUGGUGUGAGUAAGUGAAAUGUCAUAUAUACCCGGUGUGGGUAAAUGAAAUGUCAUAUUUAUAUAUCUGGUAUGGGUAAAUGAAAUGUCAUAUAUAUCUGGCGUGGGUAAGUGAAAUGUCAUAUAUAUCUGGUGUGGGUAAGUGAAAUGUCAUAUAUCUGGCGUGGGUAAGUGAAAUGUCAUAUAUAUCUGGUGUGGGUAAGUGAAAUGUCAUAUAUAUAUCAGGUGUGGGUAAGUGAAAUGUCAUAUAUAUCUGGUGUGGGUAAAUGAAAUGUCAUAUAUAUCUGGCGUGGGUAAGUGAAAUGUCAUAUAUAUCUGGUGUGGGUAAGUGAAAUGUCAUAUAUAUCUGGUGUGGGUAAAUGAAAUGUCAUAUAUAUAUAUCUGGUAUGGGUAAAUGAAAUGUCAUAUAUAUCUGGCGUGGGUAAGUGAAAUGUCAUAUAUAUCUGGUGUGGGUAAGUGAAAUGUCAUAUAUAUCUGGUGUGGGUAAGUGAAAUGUCAUAUAUAUCAGGUGUGGGUAAGUGAAAUGUCAUAUAUAUCUGGUGUGGGUAAGUGAAAUGUCAUAUAUAUCUGGUGUGGGUAAGUGAAAUGUCAUAUAUAUCUGGUGUGGGUAAGUGAAAUGCCAUAUAUAUCUGGUAUGGGUAAAUGAAAUGUCAUAUAUAUCUGGCAUGGGUAAAUGAAAUAUCAUAUACCCGGUGUGGGUAAGUGAAAUGUCAUAUAUAUCUGGCGUGGGUAAAUGAAAUAUCAUAUACCCGGUGUGGGUAAGUGAAAUUUCAUAUAUAUUUGGUGUGGGUAAGUGAAAUGUCAUAUAUAUCUGGUGUGGGUAAGUGAAACGUCAUAUAUAUCUGGUAUGGGUAAAUGAAAUGUAAUAUAUAUCUGGCAUGGGUAAAUGAAAUAUCAUAUACCCGGUGUGGGUAAGUGAAAUGUCAUAUAUAUCUGGCGUGGGUAAAUGAAAUGUCAUAUAUAUCUGUUGUGGUUAAGUGAAAUGUCAUAUAUAUCUGGUGUGGGUAAGUGAAAUGUCAUAUAUAUCUGGUGUGGGUAAAUGAAAUGUCAUAUAUAUCUGGCGUGGGUAAGUGAAAUGUCAUAUAUAUCUGGUGUGGGUAAGUGAAAUGUCAUAUAUAUCUGGUGUGGGUAAGUGAAAUGUCAUAUAUAUCUGGUGUGGGUAAGUGAAAUGUCAUAUAUAUCUGGUGUGGGUAAAUGAAAUGUCAUAUAUAUCAGGUGUGAGUAAGUGAAAUGUCAUAUAUACCCGGUGUGGGUAAGUGAAAUGUCAUAUAUAUAUCUGGUGUGGGUAAGUGAAAUGUCAUAUAUAUCUGGUGUGGGUAAGUGAAAUGUCAUAUAUAUCUGGUGUGGGUAAGUGAAAUGUCAUAUAUAUCUGGUGUGGGUAAGUGAAAUGUCAUAUAUAUCUGGUGUGGGUAAGUGAAAUGUCAUAUAUAUCUGGUGUGGGUAAGUGAAAUGUCAUAUAUAUCUGGUGUGGGUAAGUGAAAUGUCAUAUAUAUCUGGUGUGGGUAAGUGAAAUGUCAUAUAUAUCUGGUGUGGGUAAGUGAAAUGUCAUAUAUAUCUGGUGUGGGUAAGUGAAAUGUCAUAUAUAUCUGGUGUGGGUAAGUGAAAUGUCAUAUAUAUCUGGUGUGGGUAAGUGAAAUGUCAUAUAUAUCUGGUGUGGGUAAGUGAAAUGUCAUAUAUAUCUGGUGUGGGUAAGUGAAAUGUCAUAUAUAUCUGGUGUGGGUAAGUGAAAUGUCAUAUAUAUCUGGUGUGGGUAAGUGAAAUGUCAUAUAUAUCUGGUGUGGGUAAGUGAAAUGUCAUAUAUAUCUGGUGUGGGUAAGUGAAAUGUCAUAUAUAUCUGGUGUGGGUAAGUGAAAUGUCAUAUAUAUCUGGUGUGGGUAAGUGAAAUGUCAUAUAUAUCUGGUGUGGGUAAGUGAAAUGUCAUAUAUAUCUGGUGUGGGUAAGUGAAAUGUCAUAUAUAUCUGGUGUGGGUAAGUGAAAUGUCAUAUAUAUCUGGUGUGGGUAAGUGAAAUGUCAUAUAUAUCUGGUGUGGGUAAAUGAAAUGUCAUAUAUAUAUAUCUGGUAUGGGUAAAUGAAAUGUCAUAUAUAUCUGGCGUGGGUAAGUGAAAUGUCAUAUAUAUCUGGUGUGGGUAAGUGAAAUGUCAUAUAUAUCUGAUGUGGGUAAAUGAAAUGUCAUAUCUACCCGGUGUGGGUAAGUGAAAUGUCGUGUAAAUCUGGUGUCGGUUAAGUUGGCUGAAGAAAAAUAAGACCAGGGCUUGGGCUUGGGUUUGGGAAAUGAAGACAGAGUAUGAGAAUGUAAGUCAGAAUGUGACAAUGUAAGCCUGUAUGUGAUCAUGUAAGACUGGAUUUGAUAAUGUAAGUCAAGAUGUGAUAAUGUAAAGGGUAUGACAGUGUUCAACUUUAACAACUGAAAGAUUUACUUAAAUUUACAAUCCUGCUUAUUUCCAUCAAUUUUAUCUUUAAGAAGUUGAGUGAUGAUGGCACAAAAACGGAAAUGCAAUGAAUGUAGGGAUUUUCAAACUGUGGUACAUUUGUGACUAUUUGUACGUUAGAUUCUUUGAGAUCGCACACGGUGAUUUAACAAUAAAUGAUAAAAAUGAAACUUCUUCUUCUUCUUCUUCUUUAUUUUAAGGGCCCACGAUCAAUGAAUUGAUCAUUCUGGCUCCUAUACGUAAGGUGUGUCAUUAGAUUUAAAUUGUAACAUCAAUGGCCAUCCAGGUACAGUUACAUUUACCGAAGAGCUUGAAGCAGUUCAGGCGGAGGUCGACCGGCUCACUCAGCAGGGAGUCAAUAAGAUCAUCGCUGUCGGACACGCGGGAUUCCUUAUGGACGUUAACCUUGCCAGGCGUCUAAGAAAUGUUGACGUCAUCGUGGGUGGUCACAGCAAUACUUUCCUUUACAAUGGUAGGCUGGUUAUUAGGAUGCAGCAUUAGCACCGGGCUGGGCACUGCGUUGAAGCGGGACACUGGGCUGUAGGCUGGACAUAGGGAUGUAGGCUGGACAUUGGGUUGAAAGCUAGACAUUGGGAUGUAGGCUGGACAAUGCGUUGAAGCUGGACACUGGGAUGUAGGCUGGACAUUGGGUUGUAGGCUGGACAUUUUUAGGUCAAAUUCGUAAUAAUUUAGGUAACUCAUUUUAUCUACUCUAAUAUUUUAUUAAUACCCCCUCCUUAAGAUAAGAGAAGAUUCAUUAUUUAUCAAAAUAAAUGGAAAUAUUUUUGAUGACAUUGUACAACACAUAAAUAAAUACAUAUUUGUUAAACCAUACAACAUUGGAAAGUUAUAACAAUUUAAAGGCCAGAAAUCUAAAAUCACUUAAUUAGUGAGCAUUUCGAUUUGAUAAACGCUGAGGGAGCACGCUGGUAAAUUGAGACAGACUAAAAAGAAAAAUAAUGAAACUCGUUCCUCUUUUAAAGACAAACUUUCUUGGAAAUAAAUAAAUCCAUUGUAAGGAAGGUAAACUUAGAAAAGGUGUUCCGCAUUUCGUAUAUUACUUGUGGUCAGCAACGUGUCCCAAGAAUGGUGUGUUCCACUGUGUAAGAGACAUUCUUGACACGGACCGUACGUCUGACGACAGGUUCCCUGCCAUCCAGUGAGGAGGCCGAAGGCGUAUACCCGACCGUGGUCACGUCAGACAGUGGUAACGUGGUUCUUGUCGUCCAAGGCUACGCUUAUGGGAAAUAUCUGGGCGAGCUGCACGUGACGUUUGACGGUGAGGGCAACGUGACGUCAUGGCGGGGAAACCCCAUACUGCUGGAUAACUCGGUGCAACAAGGUUAGAGUGACUCGGUGAAACAAUGUUAGAGUGACUCGGUGCAACAAAGUUAGAGUGGGAUUUGAAAACUGAUUUAAACGUUUAGUAUAUAGAGAGAAAUAUUAUUGUUUAGAAUAUAUAGCGGUAGGGAUAUGCUUAGAAUUUAGAAUGUAGAGAAGUAGGGCUAUAAUUGUUUAGAAUAUAGAGAGGUAGGGAUAUACUUAUGAGUAGAGUCCAUCUUCACGUAACAAAUCUAAGAGCAGCAACCCUUGGAAAAGUGUUAGAUUUUAAGACUACACCAUUGCCUCCCCUUUUAAAAACACAUUUCCUCCUCUAUUCUAUGGAUACGUCAUUUGUUUGACCCAUCAGAGUUUUGUUACUAUAAUAAUCUACAAACAUUUUGAAUAUGCGAGAGAUCAGUUAUUGAAAUUAAAUAUGGCCAAGACUAAAGAAGUGUUAUUAGUUGAUUAAGUUAUAAAGGCUGUGUACAAAAAAAAAAUAUUUCACUUCUCUCUUCAGACCCGGAGACCUUGUCGAUGAUCGCACGUUACCAGCCAGACAUCGAGAAGCAAAAGACUAAAGUGGUGGGUCAGACCUACGUCGACCUCUUGGCUGACCGGGUCGAGUGCAGGACGACAGAAUGCAAUCUGGGUAAUGGGAUUGCUGUUGUUCAAUAUACAUGACAUUUUCUAUUUGCAAUUAAGUAAAUGACAUUAUAAUUUAAAUGUAAGUAAAAAAAAUGUCAAGUGUAAAUAUAUUUAUUUAACGCGUACGUAAUAUAUUGGAUAGUCCCUCCAUUUCAAUUCAAUGAAAACAUUUUUUCCCCUUCAGGUAACCUUGUAGCUGAUGCCAUGUUACGGUCCAACUUACACCACAAAGGAAACACCUGGAGUAGAGGCAGCAUGUCUGUCGUGAACGCUGGGAGUUUGAGGGCUUCUUUAAAGCUUGGUAAAUCUGCAAUCAACAAUGCAGUGAAGUAGUAGUAGAGCAAGGUGCGUGGAGGCUUGAAUCGAAAGACAGGGCAAUAAGAGAAGAACGUUUCGGCGAAGAGCCUUCGUCGGCAGACGGGACAAAUGAAAAUACAAGAAAUAGAAACUAGUAAAAAGAUUGAGUGAUCGGCUUGUUCUACUAUUUCCUUCACACAGCUUGAACGCAGUCCUUCGUUUAUUCAAAUUUACAAUAGCAAUAUUGACAUCCCUUUUGGCGUCAGAUAUCAUUUCAAUUAAAAAUUCAAUAAUACACACUCGUUCAUUGAUUUUUUUUUUAGGGCGGAAAAACACGAAACAACAUUAAAUAUAUCUCAGCGCGUAAUCCCUCCAGCCAAUCCACCUAAAACCUCUGUGCAACACAUUUUUUGUGUGUGGUGGAAAGUGGGGAAGGGGGUGGGGGAGUGACAGUGUUUCUUCUUAAAUUAAACACCGUCCUUAUAAAUACAGGUGACAUCACGACCGAGGCUGUGCUCGCUGUCCAGCCGUUCCGAAACCAUUUGGAGGUCAUCGCUGUGUCGGGUCAAGUCAUCCUGGGCAUGUUUGAAUACUGUGCCGAGAGAUGGACACAGGUCCCCAGUGACGCAUUCGCUGGGUUCUUGCAGGUGGCGGGUAAAUGUGUUGGAUAAAUUAGCGUGGAAAUUUAUUUAAAGCUACUUAACAGUGCGCAAUUGUGUUUUGGUGGCGCCCUAAUCGCUUUACGUUACCAAACAGACAUGACCUGUCACUGAGGGUGGUCAACACGCCCUACAUUUUAACACGUUCCAGAACAUCCGCUCCGGAGCAUCACAUGGAUUUGGGUUGACGAUCUUUGUCAAAUAAUCUAGUAAUAAAGCGCCUUGGGGGCGUGGCGCGGGGGCGGUGGUGCUCUUGCUAAAGUAUGACGUGGUGAGAGCAAUUGUUUAUUGAUCAGUGUAUGAUCGGGUUCAAAUCGGAUUGGAUUAUGAAAAUAGGUCACUUAUAUUUUUAGUGACAUUGAAAGAGAUUUUUUUUUUCCUUUCAGAAAAAAAAAGAAGGUUAAAGAAGGAAAAUUCUUCAACUUUUUGAAAACCUCUCUCUAGUCUAAUCUAAUAGAGGGGGGGGGGAGCGAAACUGUACGUUUAACUAAUUUGCACCCCACAUAACAUAACAAAAAUAACGUAACCUACUUAUUUUUCACCCCCAAUCCCAGGAAUACAAGUGACCUAUGACAUGCGCAGACCUAUCGGGUCCAGGGUUGUUGAGCUCCUGGUGACGUGCACCGAGUGCAGCGUGCCCCAUUUGGAGCCGCUCGCGAUUAACAGGAUUUAUAAACUUGUUACCAACACCUACAUCAUCAGCGGCGGCGACGGCUUCAGCAUGUUUCCGGGGAGGAUCUUCCACUGGACAGCUACAGGCACGUAGUUCAAGAAUCCGUUCAUCUAGAGAAAAAUGUUAUGCCAAAUAUAUCAAAAUUAGCACAGAUCGAACUCCUGCUGAAAAAGAAAUAAGUUUGCAUUUGAAUUUCUAACGUAAAUCUUGUACUUAACUUACAAUAACUGCUUGAAACCAUCUCGACAAUCGGACUGACUUGAGACUUAUAUUUAAAAAAAAAAUAAAAAAUUUAAGCAUCUUAUUUUCACGUUCAGAAUCUCCACAUGUCAAUGCAUGGUUGGAACAUUAAAAAUGAAUGCUUAAUUUUCAUGGUUGGAAUAUAAAGAAUGAGGGCACAGUGUGCAUGGUUGGAACAUAAAGAAUGAAUGCACAGUAUGCAUUUUUGGAACAUAAAGAAUGAAUGCACAGUGUGCAUGGUGGGGACAUAAAGAAUGAAUGCACAGUGUGCAUUUUUGAAACAUAAAGAAUGAAUGCACAGUAUGCCUUUUUGAAACAUAAAGAAUGAAUGCACAGUGCAUUUUUGAAACAUAAAGAAUGAAUGCACAGUGUGCAUUUUUGAAAAUAAAGAAUGAAUGCACAGUGUGCAUUUUUGGAACAUAAAGAAUGAAUGCACAGUUUUCAUGGUUGGAACAUAAAGAAUGAAUGCACAUCUUGUACUAAUGAUGCAACGUUACGAUUUCUCCAGAGAGCAUGGACGCUGACAUCUUGAUGGAGCACAUCCAAAGGUUCAGUCCAAUUACCACCGGUCUGGAGGGCAGGAUC